GCGCGCGCGCGCAGCGCCGGUCACGUGACGCGUUGCCGCGGUGACAGGGAGAAGCCGCCGCAGCGCCGCGCAGGCCGCGGCCAGGAAAUGGCGGCCGCGCCUCCCCCUGGCGCCUCCCGCCGCGGCCCCCGCGCAGCGCCCGGCCCGGGGCGGCCGUAGCAGGUCCGCGCCUGUGUCCUCGCCGGGGGCGAAGCCGGGAGCGCGGCCGGAGCCGGAGCCGGAGGGGAAGCGUGGGCGCCCUGCGGCGGGGCCCUGCCCGGCGCGGCCAUGGCGCGGCGCGGCCCCGUGCACGCCUUGCCCGAGGAGAUCCAGAAGGUACUUCAUGACCUGAAAAGCUAGCCAUGCUGCUUGGGAGCCUAUGUACACACAGUGCGUUGAAGGGCAAAACCAAAGUGCCCUGUAGCUGCCUUCAUCCGAGAUGCAAGGGAGAGGUGCAGAGUUCAGGGAACUGCUGCAGGGAAGGGAGGAAUGCGAGCAAUGACGAUGGUGAUACCACUUGAGCCUGUCUUCAUACUCGUACUGAAAAGUAUGAUAUCACCAACUCGAGCAGUAGUGUUUUCGGCAAGGGAUUACUUAAGAAUUUAUAGCUUAUAGAUGCCCCGGGAUGAGACAGUGUGCAAAUACUGUGGAGUAAGCUAUUUGAUACUUCACGAAUUUAAGGUGAUGGAAGAAAAAGUAAAAGCAAUGGAAAAGGAGAUUAAAUUUUAUGAAGGAAGUAUAGAACGGGAAAAAAGACUUCAAGAGGAAUUGCAGACUCUUUGCCGAGACCUCGAACACAGUCGAGCUGAGAGUCAGUCAAAAACAGAAAGAAUAAAAAAACUAACAAUGGAACUGAAAAACAAACAAGAUGAGUUAAAAAACGUGAAAGAAGAUUUGCGGUAUUUCCAAGAAGAAAAGGAAGCUGCAUAUAAACAGUCGCAUGUGCUCAGAAAUACGUUGGAACACCAUUGCUCAACUCUCAACAAGGCUCUUUCAUUAUUUCCUUUCAUUAGAAGUGAACUAGACAGUAUUAAAGAGGUUGUGUCUGGUAAUCUGGAAAACUGGGCUGCCCUGAAAGAAGAAAUCUUUCUACAAAUAAAAGCUGUUAGCAAAGAAGCUCUGACAGAAAUUUCCAAGUUGAAUCAAAAAUUAGCAAAAUCCCAGAGAGAGAACGAGUCCCUCCAAGAAAAGGUGAAACAUCUGACUUUGGUGGCUGAUACAGUUGAGUUGAAAACGCAACAGCUUCAAACUUCACUUCAGCAAGGGAAUGAGCUGCAAAACAGGUGUCGGGAACUACAAAAGGAAACAUUAGAUUUAACAAAUCAAGUAGAAAUAAUUGGACUCAAGCUUCAGAAAGUAACAGCUGAAAUGGACCACUACAAAAAGCUGCUAAUGAUGAAAUCAACAGAAGUUGAUGUCUGUCAAAACGAACUGAAAAAAAUGAAAUAUGAAAAUGGAAUUUCUGAAUCAAGACUUACAAAAGAGCUAAAGGAAAAGGAGGAAUCACUAUUAAUCUGCCAGCAAGUAUGCAAACAUUUACAGGAAGAAGUGGCUGAGAAAGAGAGGAAGGAAGAAGAUCUAAAAAGAAGAACCGGUCGAUCAGAAAGUGAAAUAGAAACGCUUAAAUCUCUUCUUAGACAAACAGAGGAAGAGGUGGUGAUGUUGAAACAAGAAAGGGAGUUAAUGCUGAUUUCUCAUCAGAACAGAACAGAGCACCUGCAGGAAACAUUGAGACAGAAGAUGCAGAAUGAAGAUAACUGGAGGGAAAAGAUGGAACUUGACCUGGCUAAAGGUGAAGCACAACACAAAGAAGCUAUCCUUAAAGUCAAGGAAGAAGCGAGAAUGGAACUUGACACUGAAAGACAGAAACACCAAGAAUUAAUCACAAAAUAUCAGAGAGAUCAAGAAGAGCUCCAGAAGAAGAUACCUGAAUUAAUAUCCAGUGCCAUCAAUAGCUUAAGGAUGGAAAUGGAAAUUCUUGAAAAGAAGCUAGAAGAUGCCCAGAUCAAACUUGCAGAGAAAGAUGGAGAUAAGGAAAAAGAUAUUCAGAGCCUCAAAGGACUAAUUACUGAGCUUGAAUUUCAGCUGAAGAUGGAAAAGAACAAUAAUGAAUCAUUUUUGGGUAAUAUGAGGAAAGAAAUCAAACAGAAGUCAGAUGAACUGGAAAAAUUAACACAGGAGCGAACACAACUGAUUCACAAUUUGAGUCAAGUUCAAGAGGAGAACACUCUUCUCCAGGAAACAGUGCGCAGAGAGUGUGAGGAACGCUAUGAGCUGACUGAAGCUUUGACUCAAGCCAGGGAACAAGUACUGGAACUAAAAAAGCUCAGUGGAAACUUCCCGUUAUCACAGUGUUCCCUUACCCAGGGCAGCCUAACCUCCUGCGCUGCUCUGGUCAGUAGUUACGGACAGAAAAGCCGCACAAGCCCCAGCUCUGGGAAGGAAAGCAGUCUCUCAGGACAGUUUGGUAUUUCAAGAGCUCCUAAGGCCCCCACCUCCAGUAAGCGUAACAGCAAUGGUAACGUGAGUUUGCCGGUUCUAACCCCACCACAUGCUCCAAGAGGAAGGGCGUCUUCACUGAACGAGUCCAGAAGCAGAAUCGCUGCAGUAAUAAGAAGACAACUGAGUCAGCUCUGAUAGCUAAAAAUGCCAAGGACAGUGCGUUAGCAUGUGUGUCGAGCACAUGGAAAUCAUUUCAGUUCAUUCAAUGACCAUUUACUUGUGAAGCCCCGGGGCCAAAUCUUACCAAAUGCAAUGCAUGCAUUUCUACAACUUAAUUUUAAGUUAAACUUGUGUAUAUGUGCACUGUUGGUGCAAUAAUGUUUCUUUAUCCAUUGCUUAUCAGUGUAAUUAAAUACUAUCUGCAUUUCAAGAUGAGAAAAGUAGAAAAGUAUUACUUCUCCAAGAGGAGCACAUCUUCAAUAGGUAUAAUUAAAAUGAUUGCCAAUUUCAACUAUUAUUUUCCCUUAACCAUUUUACUGUAGUUUUUCUAUUUCAAGUGCUGGCCAGUGUAAUUCCAUUGCUCAUUUCUGGUGUAAAAAUGUGACUUGUUCAGUUAGAAUCAGUUUUUGCUAUUGUCUAAUUGAGUGAGAUAUAUAAGUAAUAUAUCACUCAGCAUGAAAAUGGGGCAAAUUCUAGCACUAAGAAGUAGACUAAACAUUGUCAGGGACAUAGCUCCCUUAUCGUCUCUCUGUGCCUGUGUUCAAGCCACGGUAAUUAACACGGAGUUAAAGACUUAAUACAGUUUGUCUAAAAGAUGAUUGCCUCCUGAGUUUCGUCACAGAGUGUCUUUAUGUUCAGCAUCAUUUUUAGCUUGAAAGUAGAUGUGCUGGAGUUUGCAGGGAGUUGUCACACAGGAGAAUCAAUAUUUUUAUUUUACCACUUGAUACAUGGAACUGUGGUUUGUUUUGGAACAUAAAAACCCCAAACAAAGCCCAGGCAUCUGUGAUAGAGUGCAAACACUGCAGACAGAAAAUUAGCCUAGAAAUAGCAGCUUUUCUAACAAUCUAGCUCUGCUUUUGCAAGUAGUUUGUCUGUGUCAACAUGGAGAUCCGUGUGCGCUAAGUGAAACAGUGGUGGCCAACACGGAUAUGUUCUGAGAUUUUACUUCCUACACCGCCAGAGAGCUGGUGUUUUUUCAGGUGAGCUUAUCACCAAGCCCAGCCUGGUGACAGUAGGAGGUUCUGGUGACAGUCCAGCAAUCAUCAGACAAUACCAGGCAAUGAGGCAGGUCUAGAUCAGGCUGGGAAGUCUGCCCUGGUAGACACUCCCUCAAAAGGUUGCAGUUCAUCUUCUUCAGAAACUGUCAGCUGUGACUGGGACUAAAAUGCCACGGAAGGUAAAUUGAAGGAGGAAAUUUUGGAGGUGCUCACGGGGUGUUUAUCAACAGCAGAGUGACUGAAAUUAACUGCUCCUUUUUAAGGAUUAGACCUGGGCACUGUUCGCUUGGUGUCAUGGAGUGGCUUCUUUGCAGGGCACAGUUGUAGCCUGAAUGCGUUUGCAAUCACACCAUGAACCUUGACCUUCUCACGAUUUCAGCGUGAUGAGAUGGUUCUAUGUGUGGCAAAAUGACUGCAGUGUGCCAUGUCUUUAGUGUGCUGCUAUACUCGUGCAGGAGUAUACUAGAAAAGCUUCUCUGAAUCCAGUGGUGCAACAGUGAAUACAUUUCAUGUAAUAAAAGCAGUGGAAGAAAUGGCUGUUACAGAUUUAGCAUCUAGAGCUAUAUUUUAAAGCAUGUUCAGUCUUAGUCAACUUCUGCUCCCAUUGAAACCACCAGAAAACCAUAACUGAUUUCAGUGGUAGCAGAGUUUAUCCAAGAGCUUAAAAAUCCUCUAUUCACAAAUUCAGAAAGCAACAAAACUGAGUAUUUUAAAAGUUAUUCUGAUAGCUACUGCUGUACAGAAAUGGCUUAGUUACUCUGCAGUCACACAGCAAAUUGAAUGGCUCUGAACUUACAAUCUUUUAUGCAUUAACCUCAAAGAACCUGUUAAAGAAGUCACUUGACUGCAAUGUGUUAGAAUCAACUACAAAUAUUGUCCGCAAGAAAGUAUAAGCUCAGCUUGGUGGAGGUCUAAGCUAUAGCCUGAAAAUCCACCUUUCAGCUGUCCUCAGCUUGGGCUAAACAGGAGCCUGAGAGCUGCUAUGAGCUAGGCCAGCUUGCCUUUCCCUUUUGCAGGAGAGCCUAGUUGUAGUUUUGAAACCAAGUAUAUUCUGCUAUACUGUGUCUUCUGUAUGCUCAGUGGAAGUUUGUCUGGUUGUACUAAAACGGGAUUGUAUUCAGGAACAAUCGACUGAUUUAUUGGCCAGUGGCAACAAUGAGCCCUAAGCACAACCAGGAUGUCUGGGAAACGGUGUGAACAGUCUGCAGGGGCUGUUGACCUUGCUCAGUCAAUUCUUCAGCAAUUCCACAAAUGCACAGAGGAAGGGGAUGCUUGGCGCUCCCAAAACUUGCUUCGAGGGCAGCCAGACGGUCCCCUUCUAUGGUUGGUGGUAAUGUUGAUAUUCUUUUUUUGUUUAGGGAAGAUCCUAGCUUCUCUGAGCUUGAAAAUCAUAAUUCCAUUACCAUCUGCAGUCUUCAUGUGACAAAGUAAUAGAUGUUUAUUAAGGCAGUUCUUAAAGUGGUGAGUUCCAGAUCUCUAUUACAUAGGUUUUUAUAAAUUCUUAGAUGAACUUCAAUUAUAUUUCACAGUAUUAUAAGAAUUCUUAAAUCAUGUAAAUACAGUAAAUGCUAUUACAUUAUUUUACUGACUUGUAUGGCUAUGGUAUAGGUAUCGUGGUGAAACCCGUGGUAGUUGAUGUCUUAAUCUGAAGUUUAAUGUUUGAAUUUUCAUAUCGAAGAAAAGGUUGGACAUUUUUACCUAUGGGCUACUCCACUGAUUGAUUGGAAAUCACCACUGUGCAGUGAAGUCUCUAUACUUAAAGACAGUGCACAGAUUUGGAAAUCAGCCUAUCCUGAUUUAAUUCCCACCUUUUGUAAUAGAAGAUCCCUAAUUCCAUGUUACAGCAGCCAUUCAUCCUAUUUGUGCUGCUGGAGCAGUGCACAGAGGACGGAUUUGAAGUCUGGCAUCUUGUCAACUGUCUCAAGGUUUAUAUACUGUAAUAUCAGCAGAUAUAAAGAAUGGCUGUCUAUUCAUAAAUUAAUUAUAAAGAAAGGAAAAGCCGUAUAAAAUAGUGAGAACAGUCACAGAAGUAAUGUUUCUAGCAUGAGGGAGCAUAUAAAUCAUGGAUCCAAACCAAGUCAGGAACAGUAUUUCCCUUACUUUCCCUCCCUCACAGAAACCCAGAACUCCUGCUGCUGAGCAAUAAACUAAAUAUAUUAAUGUCUCUUUCACCAGAGUUGAGCUUCUAAAAAGAAUUAUAUUAAUUUCACAUAGCAAAGGAAAGUUUACAUAGCAUUUCUUGUAAUGGGAUGAAACUCUGUAACAGGGAGUACUGCUGGGAAUAUAGACAGCCUCAUAUCAGUACAUCUGCAGGAAAUAAAGCUUACUGCAGGUAAUACAUCUUUUAGGAGUAAUGACAUUUAUGAAUGGGAUUUUCUUAAGCUGGACCUUGUAUGCUAGGACUCAUCACACAAGGGUAUAUGAAAAAAAUGCCACGCUUAAAACAAAUAUGUCUAUGCGGGAGACUGGCCCCAUGUCUUGUUCUUGCCUAAUGCAUGGUUUCUGGUGUCUUCCUUCACAGAGCUGAUACAGUUGCCUGAUCUAGCAUAGUAAUUUGUAUAAUCCUAAAUCUUUCCAUAAAAUAUUAAGCCCUCUGUUAGACUACCAGUUUGCAUAGUAGGAUAUCUAAUAUGCCAUCUAAUACACCGUGUUAUUACCAAAUGUGUCCGUUUAUUUUUAUCCAGUAGCCUUAAAUUCCAGAGAAGUUUCAAAUAUUUAGUGUCUAUUUGUAUAUUUACUAUAUUUAAAUAAGUAAAAAGUAAAUAUUUGCUAUUAGUUGAAGGGAGUCUGCACUGAAUAAUGAAGUACAGCAUGUAAAGUAUUACAAGUAAGCAGAAGUGACUCCAUCGAAACCGCAAGGGAUACUGCCACUUGGGCAGGUCGUGAGUUAGGAAUGGAAACCUUAGCUGGGUCGUUCCCCCGCGAGGCCCUUGCAGGACUCAGGGUGAGCAUUGAAGGCUGCAUCAGCCGGUGUCCCCUCGCGUACGGGGUGGCCUGAGCCUGGGCAGGCAGGGGAGCAGAGGGGUGGCAUACCGCCGGCUGCCCUCCCCGGACUGCCUGCUCUACCAAGCGCGAUUCGGCUGGGCAGGGACAUAAGAGCCAAUAAUCCUGGUCCGCUUCUUUAAAGAAGGCUUUGUGUGAGCAUCACGCUUUGUGUCUUGGCCAGCUGCCUCUCUUUGAAGGUAAAGCCAUCGUUACUGGUGGGGGAAACAUACCCGUGUGACCUAUCACCUACCCAAAGCCCGGGUGAGAAAGGGCGAAUGGAGCCAUCACAGAGUUUCUGGCAUGUGAAGCAAGAGAAAAAUCCUUCUGGGGUGCCUCAGAUUUUUGCGUGUGCUUUCUGAAUGCUUGUUUUCAGGUGUCAGCCCAAACAGCCGUUUUGCAUUCACUGGGGAGAAUCCCCCAACUUUGGCCCAGGCCGUCGCCCUCCCCAUGUCCUUACAAUAGGUGCAAAUGAGGUAAAUUUGAAGAUGGAGCUUGGAGAAGUUAUAAGGGCUUCAAGGCCUUCUACAGUCAGGAGAUCAGGACCCAGGGGAGACCGGGGAGCUAAGCUGUUUGGCAGCAUUACAAGUACCUGCUAUGUAGACUUCAAGGACUAGCUUGGCAAAGCCAAACCUAACUCAGAGCUCAUGCGAGUCACAGCCCGUGGUACAUACCAUGAGAGCCAAGCAUGUUAUUUCAAGUGUGAAAAGUCACUAAUGCAAAUAGAUGGCUGUAUCUCAGCAUCUUAGUAUCUUGUUAGAAAUAUAUGAAACUAGAAACUGGAGCCAGACCCAAUGCCAUAUAUAUUAAAAUACAUUAAUCAGAAGAAAAGAUAGACCGUCUUUCUUUUCAUUUAAAGAAACAGUUGUGCCGUGAGAUAUGCUGUUGUUCAAAUUCUUGUUUUGGCUGUCAGCAUUGCGUAACUAGUUUCCUUUAAAGUCUGUAAUAUGCUGCAAAAAGCACUGUACAUUUUUAAUACAAAAGAAAGAGCAAAAGAAUGAACUUGGGGAAAUUUCCUUUCCAGACAAAAAUCGCACAUCUUUAAUUAAUUUAAAAGGGGAUUUUUUUACCUAAUCAAAAUUCGAUGACAGGUUUUGUGUUUAAUUGUUACAAGUAGUUGAGUUUAUUGUACUGUGGAACGAAUAAACUCCAUAUGCAACUGUAAUGGCAUAGAAUAAUAUAACCAGAUAUGCUUAGCAUUUAUGUGGUUUUUUCCUACCCUGAAAGCAUAGUACAAGAUUAAUAUUGUUAGGAUAAUAAAAAGGACACUGCAAAAGAUUUAUGUUGAAGAGAUUUUAACACCAGAAUUAUAAUUUGUGCGCUGGAAUAUCUGAGCAUCUGGCAUUGCACUGUGGACUGUUCCCAGAUAGUGAAAAAAGUCUUCCCAGCAAGCAUGGACAGGUCCAGCAGGGUUUUUUUGCUUGUAUCUCUGGAGAUACCUUCCUAUCACCUGAAAUAAAUGAGUGACAAACGUGCCAUAGUUGCAGUUUUCCUUGCAUUACUGGUGAAUUAAGGUCAGUAUGAGGAUGUGACUGUACUUCUUCCCAGUAAGGAUGGUCACUGAGUAACCUGCAGCAGCUGUACUUCUAUUAUAUAUAAACCAGAUCUCGUUACAUUUUAACACUACAGCUAAAACAAGUUCAAUUCCAUCAUUACUUCACUGGCAGAAGUCUGUAUGUGUUAUUUUGAAGUUAACUUGUAGUAUAGAUACCAUACCAGCUUGUUAUGAUAAGCUUUACACGAGUUUAAAUGGACAGUCCUUCCCAAUGUGCUUUGUAUGCAAAAGUCAAUAAAAGUAUAUGUAGAACUUCUUAGAAAUUCUGCUAUUAAAAGAGUAUUAGGAUAAAACAUGUUUACAAUGCCUGUUUUACCCUAGUCCCAUCCCUUUUAUGAGGUGGCCCUUUCUGCAUGUGCCAGAGGUCUCGUCCUCCACUGAAGAGGGCUUCAGUGAUUGAUUUGAGUCAAAGGCAGCGUGGCUGCUCUCUGAAGGACGCUUUAAGGAGUCUUCUCCAUACAAGUGCUAUGUCCAAGCAGGGACUCACAAGUACCAAGCCCUGUGCAGGGGGACCGUAUGCUUGCUUCGUUUACCUCCUGAGAAGUCAGCAAUACCGCUAACACAUCAGCAUUUGCAGCGUUCUUCAUGGACGUGGAAGUUUUCUCAGUAGCAAUGAACUUUCUGGGACGCUGGCACAGCAAGGGUUUGAAACUAGGGGCAGAUGAUUUAAGGCAAGAGCUGCAGCACGGAGCUGAAGGGUAGGAAACGCGCUGGGCAGCCGGAUGGGAGCUGCGAUGGGGAGCUCGGGCAGAGCUGGCCUAGAGGCAGGGCGCGCGGGUGGCCACAGAGAGCUUCGGGCAGCCCCAAAGCUGUGGUGGGGCUGGACCUGCAAGUCUUCCCACCCUGGUCACGUAUUGAGGUGUCUGCUGGGGGCUGUGACUCCAGCUGUGGUCUAUGUGUAACUGUAUUGGUAUGUUAAAACUGAAAUUGGAGUACAAAUGACUAACCGGCUUGCAAAAAUCAAGUCGUGAUCAGACUUUGGUUUUUAAGCAUCUUAUUAGGGCGUUGACUGUAUUGUGUACGUUGCCUUUGUUUUUUGUCUUUUUACUACAGUUCUGCACGUUACCACCAUCUGCAUGUACGUGAACUGCUGGGUUUUACCCCGUUCCUUGUCACGCCGCUGGGCUGCUGUGUAUUCACGCUGCAUGUUGUGCUGCACCGACGCUCUGAAAUUCAGUAGCGAUCUACGUGCAGGUCAGCUUUGAAAUACGGCAAACUGAGAGAAACUAAAGCAACUCGUUUUCCUCCGUGCGGUGUUUUGUCUGCUUGUGAAAUGUCAGAGCAUUCCCGUUUUCAUGGAUCAUGAGUAAAACAGAUACUUCAUUUUUUUAUGUAUUCUGUACUCCCUGUCGCACACUAGACAAAGUUAUGAAGAAAACGGAUGUGCUAAUCCUAAAGCCAUUUCGGUUGUGAAGCUUGUCUAAUUGCGCUAGUAAAUGUCACUGUCUGCAGUUUCACCAGCCUCUUCAAAAAAAUCAGAUUUAGCUGUUAUCUCUUUGUGUGAGUCAUGACAUACUGGAGAAUAAAAGAGCAGUCCCAAA